CCAUUCAACUUUUUUCUCACGCAAAAGUUUGUCAUCAUCCAAACAAACCUUCAUUCCUAGAUCCUCUCAUUUCUAGCUCUAGCGAAGAUUCAAUCUUUUCACGCACCUUGUUCGUCCAGUCUUUUCAAAUUUCCAAUAGUAUUUAUCUCUAGGAUUGCACCGUUUACGAAUACAUUCUGGAUCUUGAAUAUUUGUUUCAAAUAGAAUUUGAUUUAUUUUCCACCUUUUGAGCUGAAUCUAUGGAGGUUUCGAUCAUCAGAAGCUCUGACGUGCUUCUCGGAAGGAGAGAUUUGGGGUCUAGAGUAGUUGGGGUUUGUACUUUUAGCAAAACCUUCAAUGCUAAGACCUAUUCUUUUAAGAAGGAUUCAAAAGUGUGUUUGGGUCAGACUUUUACAUGGUCUUCAAGAAAAUCAGCUUGCUUAAACAUCAAAGCCUCUGCUGCUGCCCUAACUGAGGCUGUUUCUGCUGAUAAAGUUUGUGGAACGAGGAGAUCUAGACCUGUAAGUCUAUUUGCUUUAACUGCGCUGGGUAAAAGCCACUAUUUUGUUAUCAACCUGCUGAUCGUGCAUAAUCUGUUGUACUGGAGAUAAAGUGACUAAGUGAGUGCUAGAGUUCCACAUAGUAUAUUGAAGAGACACAAGAUCUCUAACUAGCUAACCAAUUCAAUUGAAUUUUGUAGUUUGGUUUGAACUAGUAUCCUUAUGAGCUGGUUGAGUCACUUGAGUGGUAUCAAUCUAAUCCUGGAUUUGUAUCAUACCAUCCGAGUAGGUUUUGGUUGUUUGUCCCGAAGUCCAUCCCCUUAUUUCCUUAAGCGCUCGAGUGAUAUCAUGAAUCAUAUAAAAGAGCAAGCUUUGCUUUGUCAAUUAAAGCUUUGUAUUUUCUGUUUUUGGAGCUUUUUCUAGUGUUAUAUAGCUUUGUUGGAUGAGAAAUUGAGAAAAGUUAAUCAAAAGUGUGUUUGGGUCAGACUUUUACAUGGUCUUCAAGAAAAUCAGCUUGCUUAAACAUCAAAGCCUCUGCUGCUGCCCUAACUGAGGCUGUUUCUGCUGAUAAAGUUUGUGGAACGAGGAGAUCUAGACCUAUUGAUGGUUUGAAACUAUAUGUUGGGAUGCCACUUGAUGCAGUCUCCGAUUCUCGUACAGUAAACCACGCACGAGCUAUUGCCACUGGUCUAAAAGCUCUGAAGUUACUUGGAGUAGAUGGUGUGGAACUGCCAAUUUGGUGGGGUGUUGUUGAGAAGGAAGCUAUGGGGAAGUAUGACUGGACCGGCUACCUUGCUGUCACUGAAAUGAUUCAGAAGCUUGGCAUGAAGCUUCACGUCUCAUUCUGUUUCCAUGCACCCUCCAUGGAACCCAAAAUUUCACUUCCCGAUUGGGUUUGCAGAAUUGGUGAAUUAGAUCCUAGCAUCUUCUAUACAGAUCGUUCAGGACACCAGUACAAAGAGUGCUUGUCCUUAGCUGUUGAUGAUCUUCCCGUUCUUGAUGGAAAAACUCCUCUGCAAGUGUACCGAGGUUUUCUUGAUAGCUUCAAAAGUGCUUUUUCCAAGUUCAUGGAUUCCACAAUAACUGGAAUAUCAAUCGGUUUUGGACCAGAUGGGGAGCUUCGAUAUCCCUCUCAUCACGACGAAGCAUCCAAGACUACCACCACUAAGCAGCUUAUUGGAGCUGGGGAAUUCCAGUGUUAUGAUAAGAACAUGCUAACCCAUCUGAAGCAGCAUGCAGAAGUGAAUGGUAACCCUUUGUGGGGACUUGGUGGUCCCCAUGAUGCUCCGAGCUAUAAUGACCUUCCAACCUCAUCAACUAACUUCUUCAAAGAGCUUGGAGGAUCAUGGGAGAGCACUUAUGGUGAUUUUUUCCUUUCCUGGUACUCCAAACAGCUCAUCGCGCAUGGAGACCGACUCCUCUCCCUUGUUUCCACUACCUUCAGGGACUCCCCGAUUACGGUUUCCGGAAAAGUUCCUCUAAUGCAUCACUGGUUCAAAACACGGUCCCACCCAGCAGAACUGACGGCUGGGAUCUACAACACAAUCCACAGAGAUGGAUAUGAUGAGAUGAUUGAGAUGUUUUCCGCGAACUCCUGCAAAGUGAUCUUGCCUGGAAUGAACCUGUGUGAUGAGCAUCAACCAAACAAGUGCCUCUCAAGUCCAGAGUCUUUACUUGCACAGAUCAUGUCGUCUUGCCGAAAACACGGAGUUGAGAUCAUGGGCCAGAACUCGUGGGCUUCAGAUGCUACCAGCAGUUUUGAACAGAUGAAGAAGAACUUACAGGGCGAAAAUGGUUCAGGAAUCAGCCUGUUCACCUACCAACGGAUGGGGGUGUAUUUCUUUUCACCUGAACAUUUUCCUUCAUUCACGAAUUUUGUUCGAAACCUCAGGGAAAUGGAACUCGAUGAAGACGAUCUGCCAGGAAAGGAAGAAGCGGUAGCCUCUGGAUUUCUUUCUGGCAGGAAGCUGCAAGAGCAAGCUGCUUAGGCAUGUCCUAGUGUAGCUAAGAUACUGUAAUAUAUGAAUGUAGUUUUAAUAUUACCAAGCAACUUUACACUAUUAUAUUAUAUAUACAUGAGCUGUAUGUUGUAAACUUGUAAUCUUGUCUGGAGAAUGUUUUUCCAUCUUAAGAAAGUAUAUUUCUCUUAAAUUCUUGAUCGUAAA